CCCAGAAUGCCCUAACAUACCAGAGGCGGAUAAGGGCAACAGCGCCGUCGUUAAAAUAGUUUUCGAUCUCUGGCUUUAUUUCAUUCUCAACUGAAUUCAAUAUAUUCACGUAAUGGCUUGUCCUGUACAUCAGUCAGCGGAGAUGAAUCCCGCCAUCCUGCCUCUGGACUGGCUUCUGGGUACCUGGCAGUCUGACGAACCAGGGGAGGGCUGCUUUCCCACCAUCAAACCUUUCCGCUACUUGGAGACGCUUCAGUUCAGCCACGUUGGGCAGCCUGUCGUCAACUUCUCGUUCAAUGCCUUCCACGCCGACUCCAAGAAGCCACUCCACCGAGAGUGCGGCUUCAUCCGGAUGCAGCCGGGAAGCAACAAAGUGGCUUUUAUCGUGGCACAGAACUCGGGUCUGGUGGAGAUUGAGGAGGGCGAGCUUGUAGGCCAGCAGCUGAACCUCCACAGCCACGCCAUCGCCAGAAUCUCCUUUGCCAGGGAGCCUCACGUCAACGAGAUUUCACGAGUGUUUCAGCUCCGUGCGGACGGGAAACUGGAGCAGAGGGUUUCAAUGGCAAUUGACACCCAACCACUCACGGAGCACUUGCGCAUAACUUACGUCCGAUCGUUUUAAAGCAAAGAAAGGUCACGAUUAUGCAAAAUUAUUAUACUGGAAUGAAUGGUGAAUGAUAUGUCAAAAUUGUUGUUACUUUUGUUUUUGUUGUUUUAGUGUCACUGUUGUGCUAGUUUUCCUUGCUUUUCGGUCAGAAAUUGGUUCUACUGCUGAAAAUAAAAAAUGGACAAAACCCGAAACAAACUUUUCUAAUGAAAGAAAAGUCUACAGUCUUGUCAUGUAACAAAAUAAGGACGAGCACUUUGAGGAAAUUGAUACACGACCAAAAAAGAAUAAGUCCGAAAAAAAAUACAAUAUUUGCAAGAUUUUGUCAUUUAUUGCUGAAAAACAAACACGUUCUCGCACAUAAAUUAACAUCUUCAAAGAACACCCCCCACCCUAAACCCCCCCCGCAAUAAUUCCAAAGAGAUUCUCUUGCACACAUUUUUCCUUUAUACUGCAAUGGCUUUUAACUGUUUCAAAAAUAAAAUCAUAAAUAAUCUAUGUACACGUUUAAAGGUUGCUGUGAAUAAGUGCGUCUGUGUGAAGUCCUUGUUGGUCCUAAAACAAGCAAGACAGCUAAAAAAAAAAAAACCUGACUCAAAAUGUUUGCAUUGAAGCAGCGGACCAAGCGGGGA